AUACGGAAAGGCCUGUUUCGUCGCAGUCAGAUGACGAAACAUUUCGGUUGUAAACAUGGACGAGAGAGAAGCGCUGAAGAGGCAAAUUGAACUUCUACAAAAUCUCAUCAAUGAACAUAAGAGCGUCCAUGGCGACACGCCGUUUGUGAGAGAUGAGCUGUGGCAACCGGAAGCUCCAACGUCAGCCGUGGGCAGAGGUCACGGGGCACCUGUCGUCCAUCCGCACAGCUCCAGAGGGGGACUGUAUGCUCCUCAGAGCCGUGGAAGUUGGAGGAAAACGUACUCGCUGAGCAACAAGAACCCCCAGCUAUCUGUUGGGCGUCCCUCAGCUUCUACUUCCUCGACUGUACAUCAGUCCAGUUCCCACAGUGUGUCUCACAGUGCCUCACUGCCCAGCCACAGCAGAGGAGAGGAGGGGCAAAAAAUCCUGACCGCCAUCUUAUCAUCAGGGAUCCCUCAACAAAAGGAAGAGCGACAUAUAAACAGCACCACAGUGGAAGUUGCAACCGAGAAAAAACCCACGGAUACUCUUAGAAAGACAGGAGCAGCUGUGUCUCGGCAUGAAGUUGGAAGAAGAGAGUCAAGAUCAACAAGCACGAGUGAGCAACAUGAAACGAUGCACAGACAGACUCAAGAUCUGCAGCAGAGAACUGAAAGCAGGCGUGCAGUCCUGCCAGAAAAGCAAGUUGUUAGUUCUUUAGAAGUGCCUAUCAAACCUACCAAGACAUGCAAAACCAGCAGUAUUGAGACCAAACCAACUAUUACCAAGACCAUUCCAGCCGUUCCUAAUGCUAACGCCAUACCACCUCUCGCUGCUCUGCCUGAUGUGUCAAAGCAUUCAAUCGAACCCACAUCUCACACCAGCAAGGGCCAAGUCAAUGCCUCCUUUUUGAAGAAGUCUAAGUUCACUUGGAUAAAGAGCCAGAACGUGAGAGGAGUGGGGCCGAAACAAGCCAGCUCCAUUUCCCCAACUUCAGUUUCAAAAGCUGGAGUUGCCAGUGGAAGCUCCCCCUCAUUCACAGCGAAGAGAACGCCCGGCAAGAAGUUACCUCGAAAGCUAAGCUCACUCAAUGUAUCGCCCAAGACCUCCAAGUACAGAUGGGUCUCCAUCUCCGCUGGAGCCCAAGCUAAAACGCCUCGAAAGUCAAUAUCACCCAAAGCCCUGGCUCUUUCCCAAAGAGCUCUGGAGAAGGGAGAGGUUAACAAGAAGCUAAGAGCAGAAGAUAAGAUGAAAAAGGGAGUUGCGGGUUCCUCUGCCAACUCCUCGCUGAUUAGCCGUUACUGCUGGAAGGCUGGAGGUCAGAGUAGCUCUGGGGCAGCGCCAGGAGGGGCAACAGUGGCCCGUCGACGAUCUGCUUUCCACUGGACGUCAGAAAGAAGCAACAAAGGAGUGAAAGGAGGGCUUGCUGCUUCCCCGUCUGGAACCCAACGUUUCCAACGUACCCACCUGAUGCCAUCCUCCUCCCCUUCUGGGUUCAAGCUCCGCAGCAGGAUGAAAAUCAUUAGGAAGUCUCCUACUGGUGGUAGUGGGUCAGAGAUGAAGUACUCCCCGCGGGCCCGGAUGCACAGCUCGAGCAGGAGUCCUGUCGGAGUGAAGAGGACACCCACCAGGGAGCUUGUGUCUUUUGGCCGACACAAGUUGAGGCGACUCUCCCCCACCUCAUCAAGGACAAGUCCCGCCUCUUCCUCCCACCGUAGCCCCGCCUCUCCGCGGGUGUUCAGGUCACGCUACAAGAUGGUGACCCGCCCGGGCUCCAGCCCCGCCGCACACACCGUCCACUACAACCCUGCCCUCUCUUGGAGAGCCAAGAGGAUCCAGUCUGCGAGGAGUUUCCUUCAGAGCCGUAUGCGAGCUCCCCACGACAGACACCCGUCACCUGCCCAGCACUGGAGAGGAAGCAGCAUGUGCUGGAUCCGUGGUUCCUUGUACCGGGUGUCAGCCAACAAGUUGUCCCGCACCGUGGCGUCCAGCAUGUCGAUCAACCGAACAGGAAGGUCUUUCAGCCCCUCCCAGGUCUCAUCCACGAGUCCUGCUUUCAACGGGCCCUUCAGUCCUCGUCAUUUAGCCAGCCGCGCUGUCCAGCGCAGCCUUGCCAUAAUCCGGCAAGCUCAUCAGAAGAAGCAGCAGAAGCAGUACUGCAUGUACUACAACCGCUUCGGCAAGUGUAACCGCGGCAACAGCUGUCCCUACAUCCACGACCCGGACAAGGUUGCCGUCUGCACCAGGUUCCUGCGAGGGACGUGCAAGCAGGCAGACGGGACCUGCCCGUUCUCCCAUAAGGUGGCGAAGGAGAAGAUGCCGGUGUGUUCCUACUUCCUGAAGGGAAUCUGUAACAACAGCGAUUGUCCCUACAGUCACGUCUACGUGUCCCGCAAAGCCGAAGUGUGUGAGGACUUUGUCAAAGGCUACUGUCCUGAAGGAGAGAAGUGUAAGAAGAAACACACUCUGGUGUGUCCAGACUUCUCCAAGACGGGGUCCUGCCCUCGAGGGGCCCGCUGCAAGCUGCAGCACCGCCAACGAGCCAAGCGCGGCGCCAGCACCCCGGCCAAGAGAGGCCGGACCAAGGAGCCCGCUAAGAGGCCCCGCCUGACUGUUGCAAUGCUGCCGGCAUCUCCGGGGACGCCCACCAAAGGCCCUCUGGCGCUGCCGUCCUUCAUCUCCCUCUCCAGCUCGCCGGAGGAGGCAGAUGCACCUGAACCACUGCUGGCAGAGAGCUCCCAGGUUAAAGAGAAAAAGCUGCAGAUCAAGCCUCGGCUGUGAGACGACAGAGAGCGGCAGCCCCCCGGAGGUGUAAAACACUCAUCGGUUAUAUCUGUGCUCCAGGUUUGUCCUGACAGGUGCAUCUGUGUCUCCUCCCUCUGAAUUCCUUCACUCAGGGCCAGAACGUUUUAUUUUCUAUAUCUAUAGUGUAUACAUACCUGUUUUACAUAUCAAUAUGGGUGUUAACAGUGCAAUUUUCUUUCUCAUCAGGUUGUGUACAUUUUUUAAAAGUGACAAAUAAAGUAUCACCUCUUUUAAACCGCG